CCGACCACAUGCAUGAAAUUGGAACUCUCCUUGUCUCCUCCAUGCCGUUUGUGCAUCUGUAAACUGUGAGCAAUCAAUUGAAGACACCCGUCAACAAAGUUGGAGGUCUCAAUCGACGCUUUGACGAAGAUGAUACGUUGAAGCCAGCAGGAUCACGGGUUUCCUUUAUAAGCGAUGGGUACAAUUCAAAGCCCGGAGAUAAAAACCAAGCCAAGGACUUGCGUAAGUUCAAGCAUUGGACUAGGAAGAACGAGAGAGAAUGGAAAGCGACACAGGAAAAGGAAAGGUGGUGUGCGUGACAGGUGCUUCUGGGUUUAUUGCUUCCUGGAUCGUCAAGCUUCUUCUGCUUCGUGGUUAUACUGUGAAGGGCACUGUUCGUGACCCGAAUGAUCCAAAAAAGGUAGAUCACUUGCUCAAACUUGAUGGAGCAAAGGAGAGGCUGCAGUUGAUUAAAGCAACUCUUCUGGAAGAAGGUUCCUUUGACUCUGCUGUUGAAGGGUGUGAGGGCGUCUUUCAUACUGCAUCUCCUGUUGCUCUCAAUGUCAAAGACCCACAGGCUGAAUUAAUUGACCCAGCAGUCAAAGGAACUCUUAAUGUUCUCAAAUCAUGUGUGAAAUCACCAUCUGUGAAACGAGUUAUUUUAACCUCUUCCAUUGCUUCAGUUUUAUAUAAUGGAAAGCCUACAACUCCUGAGGUUGUAGUUGAUGAGACUUGGUUUUCAAAUCCAGACAUCUGUAGGGAAUAUAAGCUCUGGUAUGUACUUUCCAAGACUUUGGCUGAAGAUGCUGCCUGUAAAUUUGCAAAAGAAAACAACAUUGACAUGGUGGCUCUCAACCCAGCAGUGGUGAUUGGACCGCUCUUGCAACCAUCACUUAACGAAAGUUCUGCUGCAAUAUUGAACAUAAUAAAUGGUGCGCAAACAUUUCUAAAUUAUUCUUUAGGCUGGAUUCAUGUGAAAGAUGUUGCAAUUGCUCAUAUUCAAGCAUUUGAGAUUUCUUCAGCUAGUGGAAGGUAUUGUUUGGUUGAGACAGUGGCACACUACUCUGACAUUGUGAAGAUUUUGCAUGAGCUAUACCCAACAUUACGACUCCCAGAGAAGUGUGAGAAUGAUGAGCCAUUACAGGCAGUGUAUCAAGUUUCCAAAGAAAAGGCAAGAACUUUGGGGAUUGAGUUCACUCCCCUGGAAACGAGCCUCAAAGAGACUGUGGAAAGCUUGAAAGAGAAUAACUUUAUCAAUUUUUAGUGUUGAUCUUUCCCUAAAACAUGAAUGCUAAUAAUCUUAAUAUUAUAUUUGAUACUUGGAAAAGCUUCUUCUAAAAAGAAAAUGAAAAAUGCAUCUAUCAUUUUUUCUUCCUAGAUGUGUUUCUCAUUUUCUUUCUAGAAAAUACUUUUUCACGUGCCAAACAUUAUCCAAGUAAGCUCUAAAUUAGUGCCUUUAGUGUUAGCCAAUCCAUUGGCUUUGUGAAUUGUGAUAAUAUCUACCAUGCUUGGUGAGUAAUAACUAUGAUGCUUGGCUUUUGCUUGAAUUCUGUACAAGUUCUCUGUCAGUGUGCUGGUGAGAUGUCUUACAAGCUUGUCCAUGCUUCUUCCUCUUGUCAUUCUCUUAGAGACAAUUCUUCAAGACCUCCUAGAAUUGGUUUAAUGCAUCGGAGAAGGAUAAUCAACUAGAUUAGUUUUUGUACAUCAUGCUGAGUAAAUUAUAAUCUCCAUGGGAUUUGGGUCU